AUGGGUUGGGCAGUGGGAAAUGGUGAAUCCAUCAUCGCCUGGAAUGACGAUUGGUUAAAUGUCUCCGAGAAAGCAAGACCAAUGGGGCCGGCCCCUGCCAACCAAGAAGCGAUCAAGUUUGCAGACCUACUCCUCCCCAACCGAUUAGACUGGAACAGAGAGCUGCUACAAAGAUUUUUCCCUUUCGAUGAAGACAGGAUCCUGUUAAUCAAACCUAGUAAGACCGGGGCUCCGGACAAGAGGAUCUGGCUGAAAACAAAGGAUGGCAUCUACUCUGUUAAAUCCGGGUACUGGGCGGCAUGUGAUCUCCUUCCUACCCACACCCCUCCUACUAUGCAACCUCUACCUGACUUUGAUUGGGACAAAGUCAUCUGGAAGCUCAACAUUGAUCCGAAAAUCAAACUUUUCCUCUGGAGAAUAUGCCACAAUGCACUACCAGUGGGCGUGAGUUUGGCUGCGAGAAGCUUACCGAUUGAUGCAAAAUGCAUCCGCGGUGAGAAUCCAGAAUCUAUCAAUCAUCUUUUCUUCCACUGUGAUUUUGCUAGGAAAGUAUGGGAUCUUGCUCCCUUUCCUGCACACUUUGAUGCUAGAGGAUGGAUAGAUUUGAAUGUCUCUUGGAAUGCUGAAAGAAUGUCUGCCUCCUUUGGGCAUCACAACUGGAAAUCUUGCGCCCUGGAUCUUGUGGUUUCUAUGGAAAGCAAGGAAUGA